GUCAGGUUGACCUAGUAUGUGUAAAAUUUGUCUGCUCGUCUUCUUGAGUCGAUGAGCUUCAGUAGAUUUAUCGGCACUGCGUUUCAUCGAAUGGAAAAGUAAGAUGAUGUUGGCCUUGUCAGUAAAUGGAGGUUUAUUUGUCGUCGACACGCUUAGUUCAGAACGAAGAAGUAGAUUGGCCUCAACUUGUAUAAUUCAUAGAAAGUAAAUUGGUACAUCAACUAGAAAAUAAGUAGUAACAUUACGACCAAAAGAGAAAAAUACUGAAAGCGAGAGGGAAAGAAAAAAUGGGUCUGGCACCUCUGCGACUGAAACAGCGCCAGGUUCAACAUCUUGAGUCCGCCAAAUCAUCUUCACGCAGGGGGGAGAUGUUGCUCAUGUCGAUGGGAAGAAGAAACAGCGUUGACUUCCCAUCGCGCUGUUGCGGCUUCGGGACGUCACGUUCCUAUUUCGCCGCUCUGUUUCUGGCCGUAUAUAGUACAACAACUUCCAACCUCUCCGUUGUUUUUGCCGAGACCAGAAAUACGAACACGUUCACCUCUGUUGCCCCCGCCCUUCUGCCACCUCCGACAGUUAUCAGGCCAGCUGGUGCAGAUGAGAAAUUGCCGGAAGAUGGUGGUACUAGUGCAGCUUUCGACAAGAGGAACACGGGCAUCAAAGCAAGAACUACCUUCAGCACCACCAGCAGGUCAGAAACUACGACAGUGACCUCCGGCAACAAGAAGACUACCACGACAAGCAAGAGCCACAGCACGACCGUCGCGUGGCUUCGAAAUUGGUUCGGCUCCUGGGUAGGCUAUUUCAAAACCGUGUGGAGGAAGUGGAACAAGAGCCACUCUAGCUGUUUGGGCGGGGGCCAGAAGAAUGGGAGCAGUACGAGUACGAAGCCAAAAAAUCUUGCAGGAAAGACAGGGACCACCCGAACGUCUGGCGGAGCAGGACCUGCUCCA